UACUCUCUGUAUAUAAUAGGUAUACAUUAAUUCAACAGAUAUGAACCACUGUUAAUGAACGGCCCAUAUUUACAACUCUUCAGAACCACUUGACAAACUUAAAGGAAUAGUUUGAUUUCUUGCUUCUUUUGCUGAGCUUUUACUUAUAAAGUCCAUAGCACCUGGCCAAGAAAUGAACAUUUCUUGCAUUAUUAAGGUUGAGUUUUGUUGAUAUGUUAUCAAGCGAACAGCGUUGUGACUGAGAGUCUGUAGAUGUGGUUAAUAAUUGUUUUCCAGUUGAUAUCUAAGAAUCAACAGAAGCAAGCGGCCGGCUCCUUCACGUCCUUCUUCACAGUGAACUCCAACUGCAGCCAUGCUGCUGAACGCUCUGCUCGUGGUGUUGAGCUCUCAGUGCGUCUGGGCCAGGAAGUCUGAACCGUACCUCGAUGAGGCGGACGCAGGUUUGUUCAGGGGAUCGGACAAAUAUGACUUUGCCAUCGAGGUUCCUGCCGCAGGGAUGGAGUGUUUCUGGCACUUCGCCCACCAGAGUGGAAGCUUUCACCUGACGUACAUGGUACAGUGGGUAACGGGGAUGGCCAAUGAUCACCGGCUGUUUGUGACGGUCAGCUCACCGCAGGGAGUUCUCAUGGCUUCAAAGAACGAAGCCGUCGGUCAAAUGAACUUCCAGACUGAGGUGACAGGUUUUUACCGGAUGUGUUUUGGGAACCACAACAACCAGUUUGGAAGCAUCAGGGUCUUUCUGAACUUUGGCGUCAUCUACGAAGGCUUUGAGGAGUCAAAGAGGGAGCUGGAGGAGGGAGAGAGAGUCCUCAACAGCACUUUGGCCGGUAUUGAGGAGAGCGUACAGAAGCUCCAGAAUCAGAUCUUCCACAUGUGGCGUCAUUACAACUUCGCCCGCAUGAGGAAAGGGAAGGAUCAGUACCUCCUCCUGUCCAACCUCAACUACAUCACCUGGUGGUCGGCGAGCCAAAGCUUGGUCAUCCUCCUGUCUGGAUACCUGCAGCUCCUCGUCCUCAAAAGACUCUUCCACACAGACUCCAGCAGGCCGCGAUGCUGAGAACGCACAUGUAGAUCACAGCUUUAACCACUUUCAUGAUGUCUGGUUUCUCAUAUCAGAUUUAGAAAUAUUUCUGCAAAAGAUAAAGAUCCUGCAGACUAUCUGAAGCUAGCCAAACACUUGAUUGAUAAAGAGACAUUUGGUUCCUAACUGUACUUUCUUGUGUCUGUAAUCCAACAGGUAAUCCUCUCCUUAAUAAUCAAAGAAAGGUGGUAACCCAUCAAUCGGCUAAAUAGAAUCAUAAAUAACAAAUCAAUGUCUUUAACAUUUUUUCCAACAAGCUGGUUGUGCUGGGUGUUCUUUAAAUAUGUCUUUGCUUUAAACUUCUUACUGUCUACGAACUUCUCUACUCCACAUUUAGUGAUUGUUACAAAACAGCUGCAAAAAGGUCCUCACUGGCUGGGGCAUAGUGGAUAAUAAACUAGUUUAAUAGCAGUAAAAUGUCAACAGAGACACUGGGAUUUGUUGUCAGGACAUGUCAUGCUAAAGGUGCGCUCUGCUUGGUAGCUCUCUGAUUACUUUGUGCCUCGUAGCUGUUGUGCUAGUUGAGCCAUGCUUUUUAUGCAGUGCAGUGCUUGUUUUAUAUUUUGGUAGGAUUUGUGUAUUCAAGUAGUUUUAGCAGCAUCAUGCUUUGGGGCUGUUUUUCUUCAGCUGGAACCGGAUCCUUAGUCAAGCUGGAGGGAAUUAUGAACAGUUCCAAAUACCAGGCAGUUCUGGCACAAAACCGUAAGGUGUCCGUUAGAAAGAUGAAGAGGAAGUUCACCCUUCAGCACGACAACGACCCAAAGCACACAUCCAAAUCCACAAAAGCAUGGCUUCACCAGAAGAAGAUUAAUGUUUUGGAACGACCCAGCCAGAGCCAGGACCUGGAUCCAGUUGAACAUCUAUGGGUUGAUCUGAAGAGGGCUGUGCACAGGCGAUGUCCUCGCAUCUGACAGACUUCGAGCGCUUUUGCAAAGAAGAGUGGUCAAAUAUUGCCACGUCAAGAUGUGCCAGGCUGAUAGACUCCUACCCAAAAAGACUGACUGCUGUAAUAAAAUCUAAAGGUGCUGCAACCAA